GAAAUUUAGAUCAACAGCGUUAUCAUGGUGCGUAACUCAGUACACAUUGCCAUCGUCUAGUGUUCGCAAAAGCGUGUCUUAAAUGACAACUAUUGACUCUAAUCUUUUCUCUCGUACAUCGUUCUACCAGUCUGGAGCCUGGGCGAAAGGUGCAAACAAGGCAGUCGUUGAUGCACCCUCAGGUGGUCGCGUAGGUGGAAGCGAGGGCAGCAACAACAGUAAUCGUCGAAAUUUCAACAAUAACUCUGGCGACAGAGGAGACAAUUUUGGACGAGGAGGAAGAGGACGUGGCCGCGGCGGUGGUCGCGGUGGUGGGAGAGGUCGCGGUCGAAACAACUUCGACAGCAACAAUGGAGGACGCGGCGGAAGAGGGCGUGGGCGAAACAACUUCGACGGUCACAACAAAAACAAUCGUGGUGGUCAGAACAAUAAAGGGUCGAACCACCAACGGAUCGUCAUUAAAGAUGUUCAGCUCCUCGAACUCACCGGUAUCGGUAGCACUCCAUCUCAACAAGCUGUGAAACGAAUCUCGGCGAAGAUUUUAAUGAUGGCUCGAACUAAAUAUAUCGAAGCGCCUACUCCGGAUGCAAAUGGCGUCGAAGUGUUCAAUCCCCACGAAGAAUGUCAAUGGACUGACGAGAACCGUGCCGAAACGAUCAAUCAGAGUUCGAUGCGAGUGAUGGAAUUAGGAGAUGUUUCUAAGAAUCCUAACUCUAAAUCAAAAAACAAAGAAACUGCACCACCUCUGGAGGAGUGUAAGCCACUGGAAAUCAAUGAGGAAACUAGAUGGAAAUCGAAGGCGAUGAAUAACUCUGCAACAUCUAAAACCGAAGAUUCGAAGACCGAACAAUUUAGCAGCAUGGAACUGGUGAACAAAGGUCUUCUGAUUCUAAACAAAAUUUCUUGGACUACGAUGGAUCGUUUGACUAAGCAGUUUCAGGAAGAGACCAAAUUGGUCGAGAACGACGAAGUUCGAAAAGAGAUCAUCACAAUCAUUAUUCGGAAGGCUCAAACCGAACAGCAUUUUGGACCCAUGUAUGCGCAAUUGUGUUCGAUUAUUAGCAAGGAAUUCAAACCCUUUAAAAGGGAUUUGUUAGAGAAAUGUCAAGGAGAAUUCGAAAUGGAAACAGCGGACAAGAUUUCACUUGCAACAAAAACAGCCGAUGGAACUCCAAUGGACGAGGAAGAAGUUCAGUAUCAUUCGACGCUAAUCCGGAAAGCAUAUGUUGGUCACAUCAAGUUUUUAGGUGAAUUGUAUUUACGAGAUGUUGUCAAGUUGUCCGUCAUGACAUACUGUCUAGAUGAGCUUUUGAAAGAUGAAUCAAACGAAGAAAAUUUGGAAUGCUUUGCACAUCUGAUGACAACUAUGGGCGAGAAACUGGUUGGUCAUACUAGGAAGAAAAACAACAAGCCGUUCGACUGGGGCCCGGUCGAAACGUUGCAGAAGUCUCCAAAUAUCUCGAAUCGAAUCAAGUUUAUGCUGCAGGAUCUCGUUGAACUGAAAAAUAGAGGUAAGCUAUUCUGUUUGAGUUUGCAACGGUGAGAGUAAAAAUAACUUGUGAGCACACCACCACUUACACCUGAUUUCUUUUAUUCUGUUUGCACCUUCUUUAUUUGUAUCUGCAGGCUGGGUGCAAAGGCGGAAGUUGGAGACGGCGAAGUCUAUCGCGGAUCUACAUAAAGAGCUUGCGAAGGAAAAGAAGAAUCAACGGAGGAAUAGUUCUCUGAACAUCUCAACUAGUCAGUCUAACCUAAGAAGAGUCAAUAGUGUAACAGCCCCCUCCAUGGAUGGUGACGGAUUUAUGGAAGUCUCACGAGCAACCAUGAAGAAAGUCGGAAGUAAACAAAAUGUUUCUGAGAAUGCAUCUGCUGCGCCUUCCAUACCCAAGGGACAGAAAAUGCGCCGAGCUCAAAGCACUCCAGCAGGACUAUCUACAGGGUAUACGAUUGGAACCCCAUCCUCGACGCCAAUAAAGCAAAAAAAUGUGACCUACAAUAACAUGUCCAAUGCACCAUCACUUCCUACAACAGUCUCUCCUGAACGACCAAUUGUGUUAUCGGUCGAUCAGUGCCAAUCUAAGAUGAAGAGUGUCUUAAAAGAAUACUUUGUUGGCGGUGAUACUGCAGAUGCAGUUUUGUCAGUUCAUGAAAUGAUUCAAGCCGGUAGUGAGGGGUCGAUUGAAAGAGGAGCUAAGUCCUUUGAAGCGGGGGUGCUUAUGGUCAUGGAAAUGAAAGAAGCUGAUGUCAAGCAAUUUUUGACUGUUCUAGAAUCAUGUGUAAAAGAGUCGAAGAUCGAAAAAGAAUCAAUUGUUCAAGGUUUGAACGAUCCCCUCGAAUUUUUAAGAGAUAUUCAAAUCGAUGCACCACUAGCUGCUAGUCAUGUGUCUCUUAUUAUUUCUGAGCUGAUCAACUGGAAUACGAUUUCCUUGGACGUUUUGCUGGGUGCCCCGGAGUUCUUCAAAACCGAAGGGAAAGCCGCAGCGUUGGCCAUCGAAAUUCUUAAGAAGAACAACGGAGGCGAGCCCUCGGACAAAGACCUCACUGUCGUCGAAAGUCUUAUGACCGAGGGUGACAAGGAAGUCCAUUCCUCUGCGAAAGUCAUGUUCAGUGCUCUAUGAUGAUAUUGCUCAACAUCUUUUUGUCAUGAACGUUAAUUACUAUGUACAACCAUGACAUAAAUAUCAUGUUCCUAC